GUUGGCUCUGUUUCGGUGGUGAGUGCCGAAUGGUUCGGCUUUUUACAUAAAACAGUUUGUAUUUUUCAGUCUUAAGACAACCAUCGCACUGAAUGCAUACCCACGACGAAAACGGUAGACGUUCAUUUCAAUGAUAUUCAUUUAUUUUUAAUACAAUCGACCGUAGUGUUAAGUGGUAACGUUGUUUUCUACUGUGUGUAUAUCAUUCAUAAUUGUUUUCAUAUAUUGUUGUUGUUGUUUGUGUACGUGCGUGUUUUGUGAUUUGAAUAAAAGAAACAAAAAAAAAAGGAAAAAUCGAGAGUUGAACGUAAAAAAGAAAAGAAUUACGAAAAGGACACUUACCAUAGCAAAGCACACAUUCAAAAAUCAAGAAAAGAAAUAAUAAACGAAAAAAAAAUACUGAAUUUGGUUGAACAACAAAAUUAAGAACCGUUUUAAAAAAGCAGAAACAAUAUCCAACGACAACAAUCAGCAACAGAGAAAAAAUUAUUCACCAAUUGGACUGGAAAUGAGACAGCCAGCAGAUAAUCCACGUUCCAAGCAUAUACACACAUAAACGAGAAGCGCGCACGCAGCAGGCUCAACUAAGCCAGCAACUGUAAAUCAAGCGAAAUACAACAAGAAGCAUACCCAGAUACACCACGUUUAACCGACGAAAAUAAAACCAAUUACAAACAUUAAAAAAUCAUUGAAAAACAAAAGGAGAAUAUCAUAGCAACAACAACAACCGAACGCUCAUACAUUGUUGCCUCCGGUUGAGGUGAAAAUGUAAUAUUGGAAGUGAAUAAGCAGAUAAAAAAAAGUACAGCAAAAAAAAAACUAUAAAAACCCGAUACACCAGAGAUAAAAAUACAAAUAAAAAGUAAAAGUAAGCGGAGAGUUUCCAAAGCAGCAAGGCAAUCGCUGCAACAGUGGCAGAACGUAACGACAAAAAAAACCCAAGAGCAAUACGACUGAAGCAAAUUUCCUUAAUUUUUUUUUUGGGUGUUAGUUCUUAAUUAAACAACAAAAAAGAGAGAAUUUUUUACAAUUAUUAUAAGUCCAACGUACAGUUUUAUUAACAAACCAAAACAAAAAAAAGAGUCGAACAAUACGAGAAGAUAUUUUUAUUUCGUUUUUUGUACAAAAAAAAGAGGAUAAAACAAAACACAAUUAAUCGGGAAAAUAAAGUAACUAAAUCAUUCGCCAUCUCAUACUCAGAAAUCAUUAAGGUGCCAAACACGAAACCGAAGUCAAAAUAACUCAAACAACACACACACACACACACAUCACAUUUAGUUGUAUAAAAAGAACAAGCAACACCGAAUCGAUUUUUGCAUUUUUGUUGUUCUGUUCAUCCGAAACAAUAGAAAAGGAAACGAAAACAGAAAAAAAAGUACCGAAAAUACGAAAACAAAGUUAUCAAUUUGUGCCAGUUCAAAACGCGGAAAGCAAAAAAGUUUAGCUAGAUAGACCGUAUCGGAAAAGUUAUAGACCCCGCAGUAAAACCUGAAAAGUCGAAAAUAAAAAAAAAAACGUUGUCGCAAAGAGUGAAACAGAGACACCAAGAUAAGACAAACGCGAAAUUAAAAAAAAAACACAACAUCAGCCAACGAACAAUUUUCAAUAUUUGCAAGAGCGAGAGAGUAGCGAGCGUAAAAAUAGUGUGUAAGUGUAAUACGGAACUGCAAAGCCACAGAUUGUGUAACACAGAAAAACCGAAUCGAAAGAAAUAAACAAAAAAUGUCGGUGUUAUAUGCGGAAAUGGAUCCGUCCAAUGGGCAAAAUCCAUUGAGCGUUUGCGGUCAAAAGAAUCAGAAGCCACCUCAGGUGGCGCAACCACAACAAAUGCCAUCACCAACAUCGUCAUCAUCAGCGGCCGCAUUGCAACUCGCCUUCGAAUUGUCCAUGCUGUCCUUAUCAUCGUGCAAUAAUAACGUUGGCAACGACAUGAUUGUGAAUAUGGGAAAUGAUCAUCAACAGCAACAACAACAGGCCAAUCUCAAAUCGUGCAGCAACAAAUCACCCUCAUCACUCAGCCCCAAUGAUGUCGGCGGUAUGAAUGGAAUAAAUACUGUUUUAUCAAAUAAUAUUGGAUUAAGUGCGUUCACAACGAUGUUACCAAAUCUAGAUGAUCGAUCGAAGAAAUCACAAAAUAUGACCGAAUGUGUGCCGGUGCCAAGUUCAGAGCAUGUCGCUGAAAUUGUCGGACGACAAGGCUGCAAGAUAAAAGCGUUGAGAGCAAAGACUAAUACGUAUAUCAAAACGCCAGUUCGUGGUGAGGAGCCAGUAUUUGUGGUGACCGGUCGCAAAGAGGAUGUAUCGAAGGCAAAACGUGAAAUUCUAUCGGCUGCUGAACACUUUAGUUUGAUUCGAGCAUCGCGUAAGCCAUCGUUGAGCGGUGCAUCGGGCAAAGGAACACCAGCCGGUCCACCGGCCAAUGUGCCCGGUCAAAUCACCAUACAAGUGCGUGUACCAUACCGUGUUGUUGGUUUGGUGGUCGGGCCAAAGGGUGCAACCAUCAAGCACAUUCAACAGCAAACGCAUACAUAUAUUGUGACACCAUCACGCGACAAAGAGCCCGUAUUCGAAGUUACCGGCAUGCCUGACAAUGUACAGUCGGCGCGGCGUCAAAUUGAAGCGCACAUUGCAUUGCGCACCGGUAACGCUGCAUCGGCUCUAAACGGCCUCAAUUCCGGUCUAUUGAGUGAAUUGAGCAACAGCAACGGUGGACUGAGUUCAUUGCUCAACGGCGAAGACACACCCGAAAUCUUGGCAUCACUGUACAAAAACGGUCUUGGCUCAUUGUUUGGCUAUCUUGACGGUAACAAUCAACAAGAGCUGUACAACAAUGUCAAUGCCUGUCAGAAUGGUAUGAACGGAAAGAAUGAUAUGGGUGUUGUUAAUGUGUUGCCAUCAUCAGCUGGAUCAUCGACCUGUUCAUCAAACAGUUCCACAUCGUCACAAUCAUCGAAGAGUGCCGUCAUGACACUGCCCGAACUAAUUAACAUCUGGAAACGCAACGAUGCCACACCGGUUGAUAUUGAUGAGGGUUUAGGCGAUUCACCACAGCCGAAUAUUUGGUCGAUGCCAACACCAGGACAAUCAUUUGGAUCGAGCGCAUCACCGACUGCAUCCGUCAGCCCAACCGAUUCAUUGCUCGCCUCAUUCAAUUGCAAAAACAAUGGCAUGCAACCGAAUGGCAUCAAUAUCAAUACACUUGUCGGUUUGAAUAAUAUGAAAGGCGUCGUCAAUUCAAUGAACGGCAAUAUGAAUGGCGUUGGUACGAUUUUGUGCGGCACAAAGAAUGUGACGGGCGGUGGGCCACAGCAGCGCGAAUGUAUGGUUUGUGGUGACAAAGAUGUAAGUGCUGCCUUAGUACCAUGCGGCCACAAUAUGUUCUGUUUGGAUUGUGCAAAUCGUAUUUGUGCCAGUGGCGAAUCGGCCUGCCCAAUUUGUAACGAAACCGUCAUUCAAGCCAUUCGAAUCAUUGCUUAAAAACACAGUGGGCAACGUCACGUAAGCUCAUCGAGACACGAGAGAGAGAGAGACACGAUGAAGACAACGAACAUGAAGAUGAUGGAGCGACAAAAGCACGAGAAAAGACAAGAAACUUUGACACACCAAUUCAAACGCGUUAAAAUGAAUUUAGUAGUAAUUUAACAGACAUAAAAGAAAAUUCUCAAAUCAAAAAACAAACUUAAAGAAAAAAAAAUCAUUGAUCGAAAACACACCGCAGAGGCAACUUAAUAUAACUUUGAAUGUAUUUUCGUUUUUUGGAGAUUGUAUCGAUAAUUAUUGUGGCCGAUGGCCCGUCAAUUCAAACUAUUUAUAUAUCUUACGUACGAAAUGGACUCAACGACGAAAAAAAUUAACGUUUUCAUUUGACAUAACAACAAACAAACAAAACAGAGAUAGGAGGACAAAUUUAAACGCGAUAUCUACCUUAACUCUAAGAGGCAUCACAUGGCAGCUUGCUGCAUAUGUAGUGUAUUUUCACUCAUUCAAUUGAGUUAUACUGCAUUUAUAUUCGAAGAAGAUGAAAAAUUUGAUGAAAAAUACGUUUACAACCAAAAUUUACAAUUUAAGCAAAGAAAAAAACCAUCAUUCUGACGAAAAAAAAUCUACAACAAUUCGCUCUCGACAAAAAAGAAAACACAAUUUUUCAAACUAAAAAAAAGAAAAAUAACAAAAAAAUUUAUUAUGAAUAGCUUAUAAAGUAACGAACAAAUAAUUUAUAUUUGAAUAUAUUUUAGAGAUGAUUAAUAUCUAAAGAGAUGAGUGGAGAAUGGCACGAAAAAGGUCGGCGAUCCGGCGAAACCGACUCUCCUAAAGAAAUAUAGGCAAAAAAAUCGUGGCAAAUAUUGGUUCCUUAAACGCAAAUAAUUUUGAGGCUUUGUAUGAAGCCACACACACUCGAAAAAACAAAACAAAACCAAGCAAGCAUUUAGAAAAAGACAUGUUUUUUUUUAUUAAACAAAAAGAUACAUUUUAAUCUAAUUUAUUUUAUAACAAGUUAUCUAAAGAAAUCGUAAAGAUGAUUAAAAAAAUCGAGAUUAUUGUUCAGUUCAAA